AGCUCAAAAUCAUCAACCCCAUAAAAAUCCCACAUUCAAACAUUCUUUACAUUCGUAUCACUCUGUCUCUCUCACUGUCUCUCGUUUCAUCAUUUCUAUUCUCUGACUACCUAAUUCUAUUUUAAUGGAGUCUUGUAGUUUUUUGUUAUUCUACUUCUGUUUUGUCUUCGUUUUAGCUUCUUUUUUCUGUCCUGCGCCGUCAUUAUCCGUAGCAACAAGGCCGGUCGUCAAUCAAACUGCUUGUACUACUAAUUCCACAAGGCACCGCCAUAAGUGGAUCGGACCCAUCGGUCACCGGCUGAUUACCGUCGACAUUAACGGGUUGGGUCAUUUCCGGUCAGUACAAGAUGCCGUUGAUGCAGUCCCGGAAAAUAAUAGAAAGAAUGUUCUAAUUCGAAUCAGCGCUGGAUAUUACAUAGAGAAAGUGGUGGUGCCAGCAACAAAGCCAUACAUUAUGAUGCAGGGAGCAGGGAGGGAGGUGACGUUCAUCGAAUGGCAUGAUCGAGCAAGUGAUCUUGGAUCCAACGGCCAACAGUUGCGUACUUAUCAAACUGCUUCUGUCACUGUGUAUGCUAAUUAUUUCUCUGCUAGAAAUAUCAGCUUCAAGAAUACAGCACCGGCACCGAUGCCGGGAAUGCAAGGAUGGCAAGCAGUGGCGUUGCGGAUAUCGGGCGACAAGGCGUAUUUCUCAGGCUGUGGAUUCUACGGUGCACAAGACACUCUUUGUGAUGAUGCUGGUCGUCAUUACUUCAAGGAAUGUUACAUCGAGGGAUCAAUUGAUUUCAUCUUUGGAAAUGGCCGGUCCAUGUACAAAGACUGUGAGCUGCAUUCCAUAGCCACGAGAUUCGGAUCCAUUGCAGCCCACGACCGAAACUCACCCGACGAGAAGACAGGCUUUGCUUUCGUGAAUUGCAACGUGACGGGUACUGGUCCACUUUAUGUGGGUCGAGCCAUGGGUCAAUACUCCAGGAUUGUCUACGCUUACACUUACUUUGAUGACCUGGUUGCUCAUGGUGGGUGGGACGACUGGGACCAUGUCAGCAACAAAAAUAAGACUGCGUUUUUUGGGGUUUAUAAGUGCUGGGGUCCCGGAGCUGCGGCGGUGCGUGGAGUAUCAUGGGCCAGGGAACUAAAGUUCGAUGAGGCGCAUCCCUUUCUAGCCAAAAGUUUUGUCAAUGGUAGACACUGGAUUGCACCGUGGGAUGCUUAAGUCCAACUCAAAAACAACAUACAACCUAUUCUAUACACUAUGUUCCAUUUCCUUUCGCAUAAUUAAUUCACUGAUUCAAUUCAAUUUUUCUUCGCAUAUUGUAAUUGACACAGUUCUUUCAUUCAUUUGUUUCUUCAAGAUAUAAUACAUCUUUUUUUACAAA